AUGGCUCCCAGUGCUGUUUUCGAUACGGACCAGAUCAAGGACAAGGCGAGGAAAGAUCUUCUUUACUUGCUAGAGGGCGUUCCUGGAAAGAAAAACCUGGUCAUUGAGAAAGCUUUGGCUGGUCCAAUAGGCAUAUUUGUCAAGUUCUCGACAUUGCAGGAUUAUGGUGUUGAUAAAGUUUUUCUAUUGGAAAAUGGAAAUGCAGACGUCAGUCAGCAAAAUGUUGUCUUCAUUGCAAGGGGAGAGUGUGCAAAGCAUGCUCAAUCUAUAGCUGAUCAUAUUAAGCGUAUGCAACGAGAAUCGCAGACUGCACAUGAGUUUUCAAUAUUCUGGGUGCCUCGGCGGACACUUGUCUCUGAGAAGAUCCUCGAGGAAGCGGGUGUACUUGGCGAUGCGAGCAUUUCAGAGUUUCCUCUCUACUUUUUACCUCUUGAAAAAGAUGUAUUGUCCCUUGAAUUAGACGACUCAUUCUCCGACCUCUACCUUCGAAAGGAUCCUACUCCAACUUAUAUCUUGGCACGUGCGUUGAUGUUAGUGCAACAGAAACAUGGCCUUUUCCCUAGAAUUACCGGCAAAGGCGAUAAUGCAAAGAAGCUCGCGGACCUGCUUGCGCGCAUGCGACAAGAACUGAUCGCCGGCGAAGACACGAGUGAAGGCAACAAGCUGGGGCUCACUCCAAGUACAACAAUCGAAAGUCUGAUUGUGAUUGAUCGCGAAGUGGACUAUGCUACGCCACUACUUACUCAAUUGACAUAUGAGGGGUUGAUAGAUGAGACUGUAGGCAUUGCGAACAAUCAAGCCGAUGUAGAUUCUUCAGUAGUAGGCGCGGCACCACAGCCAGCACCAGGAUCUUCAAAGACUGUAGGGGCAGCACAAGCACAAGGGAAGAAGAGGAAAAUUGCCCUCGAUUCUUCUGAUAAGCUGUAUCACCAGUUGAGAGAUACCAACUUUGCCAUCACACGGGCAAAAAGCACGGCCGAGCUGCGGGACUUUGUAAACAAACUUCCUGGCUACCAAGCUGAACAGCAAAGUCUUAAGAUCCAUACGGGACUUGCUGAGGAAAUUAUGAGGCAUACACGGACUGAGCAGUUUAGCAGAUUGCUAGAGGUGCAACAAAACCUAGCAGCCGGUGCGGAUCCUUCUUCUCAGCACGAAGCCAUCGAGGAGCUCAUUGCUCGAGACGCUCCAAUUUCCGAGGUUUUGCGCAUCCUCUGUCUUGAAUCAUGUAUCGCUGGUGGUAUAAAACCCCGAGAGCUGGAAAAUUUCAAGAAGAUGAUUUUGCAAGCGUAUGGCUACCAGCACAUCCUAACUCUCGACGCCCUCGAGAAACUGCAGUUACUUUUGUCGCGAACCUCCCCAAUGGCUACAAUGAUUCCAAUAUCCUCGAGUGUGGCAACGACAGGCACGAAAACGAAUUAUACAUAUUUGCGCAAAGCUCUUAGGUUGAUUGUGGAUGAGGUCAACGAACAUGAUCCGAAUGAUAUCGCUUAUGUGUAUAGUGGAUAUGCGCCACUGUCGAUACGACUUGUGCAAUGUAUUUUGCAGAAGCAGUACCUCGCAUCCAUUACCCGGGGUGGCAGCGCGAAUAAUACGGCUAGCGUAGCGACAGGCGGUCCCUCUCAGGGAUGGAAAGGCUUUGAGGAGGCUAUAAAGCACGUUCGCGGGCAGACUUUCGACGAGGUGCAAAAGGGCGAGGACAAGGCGGUUAAAGCGAGAGCACUGUUGACGGGCAGUGGCGAAAAAAAGACCGUCUUCGUUGUUCUUUUAGGAGGGAUUACAUCUACAGAGAUCGCUGCUCUGCGAUUCAUUGCGAAAAAGGAAGAAGCCCGGAAACAGAUCAUCAUCUGCACAACUUCCAUUAUUAGCGGAAGCAGAAUCAUGGAUGUAGCAAUUGAAAAGGGUAGCCUGGGGAAAAGUAAUACUACAUAG